CGAUUUUUCCAAUUGGUUAUUACAAUUACUGGUUGCAGAUAGUUGUUUUGGAACUAUUAUAACUCAAUGACAGGUUUUGCAUUGCCUUAUAUUUAUGCUAUGUUCUUCCGUCACCGUCACGUGUCUUUUUAUGAGAUUCUUAACGUGAUAUAUUUUACAGUCUAUACUCCCACGUAGUACAAUCUUUUCAUAAUAUUCCUGCUUUACAUUGCUCUUAUUAUUUCACAUACAUUUGUACUACUUGCACAAUUUGUGUACCAAAAGUUGUGCAUUGCUUUCGAUAUUUACACUGCCUUGGAGUUUUUGCCUAUCGAGACAGUGCAGUGUAUUGUCUAGAGAUAAGAUUGAGUGGAAGAAAGACACUGUGAAAAUGGUUGCAUAUACCCUGCACAAGCCCCCCUCCCCACGCGCACGCGCACACACACACAUAUUUUGCACCUAAAAUAUCAAACUGAAUAUGGUGUAAUUGAUGUUAAUCUUAAAUUUUUGGAACAAUAUACAUAUAGAGGAAACAAUCAACAGACAGAAGAGCUCUACAACAUAUCCAAGUAGAAGAAUUUUUUUUGAAGUGUGGAGGUCUUCCCAAAGUGAUGGUUUCUAUAGCUGGACUAUAAUUUUGGACUGCAUAUCAUUUAAAAAAUGAGAAAACAUGACAUGAUAUUACUGUUUAAAAAUUUCUAAGUUAAUGUUAGUAUUUUUCAUGCAUUUAUUGUAUAAGAGCUACAAAGCUACCUGAUGACUUAAAUAUGAUUUUUCUUUCAAUUUUGGACCAUGCUUGUAGUAUACAUGUAGUUUAAAAUUUAGUUAUGUGCAUUAAAAACCUAGAAAUUGAACUAAUGCCUAGAAUAUAGCAAAUGAAUCCAGAAAAUGUAUAAUUUGAUCUUCGAAAUGUAAUGUUGUAUUGUCAAUGUAGGUAAAGUGUAGAGUGCCCUGGAUCUAUAAUUUUAACGCACUUCACGUGGUUCCUUAAUUUGGUGUUACAAAAAUAUAUAAAAUAGACAUCAAUGAUUUGAUUUGUAGGCUUUGAACCCUCAGAUUUCACGAAUUAAUUUGGUGUUUCGUGUGGGCUCGUUUUAUUCAAAGAAACAUCAUAAGAUUUUUGUAGGAUUUUGAUCUUUAGGGGAAACAAUCAUGUACAUCGUUUGAUUAAUUAGUAGGAUUGGAACCCUUGGGACUUUUUUUUCCUUCGGAUUGCAUUGCAUUAUGUUUAAGAAACCUCUUAUUUAUAAUUACUUUGUUUUCCCUGAGAUUUUAAAACACUCUCUGAAGCAAAUUUCUGUGGUUUUCGAACCAUAUAUAGGAUUCAACACUACUUUGUUUUUCCUAUUUCUUUUUCUGUUCCUAGUUCCCUGUUUUGCAAACGAAUCAGUGGAUCCAGUCGGUGGAUCGACUGCGGUUCAACAAGCAAACUGGUCAGCACCACCGCUGCUGUGCCCACGUUGUGCCAGUCGGUGGAUCCAGCUACAAGAUGCGGUAUCGGCGGGCGAGAAGCAUGCAGCCCUCAUAGUUUAACUCCAAAAUCAGGUAGCAAUUGAUAAGCAGAUCAGUAGCUGUUUGUUUAUUUUUAGAACAACUUGAACAUCGCCUUCUUCUGCCAAUGUUUCAACGGCGUUCAUUAGAUAACAUGCAAUUGUUCCACUCGUUCCCAUUCUUACGUUCAAGAUGCACAAGCUCGUAUGCGCCGCUUUGCUCCUCCUCUCGUGGUCCAAGCAGGCGAUCUCUUCCCCCUCCGGCGCCCCUCGCUACAGGUCCAUUUUCAGCUUUGGCGACUCCUUCGCCGACACGGGCAACAACCCCGCCGUCUUCGGAUGGUACUCCGUCUUCGACCCCGUCACGUGGCCUCCCUACGGCACCAGCUUCUUCGGUCGCCCCACCGGUCGCAACGGCGAUGGCCGGCUCAUCAUCGACUUCAUCGCGGAAAACCUGGGCCUGCCGUAUGUGCCGCCCACCCUGGCGCACAACGGCAGCUUCCGCCGAGGUGCUAACUUCGCCGUCGGAGCCGCCACCGCCCUCGACGCCAGUUUCUUCCACGAGAGAGACAUCCCCGGUGGCGCCAGCAAGUUCCCCCUCAACACCAGCCUAGGCGUGCAGCUGGAGUGGUUCGAGUCCAUGAAGCCUUCCUUGUGCCGCACAGCUCGAGAGUGCAAGAAAUUCUUCAGCAGAUCCCUCUUCUUGGUGGGCGAGUUCGGAGUCAAUGACUAUCACUUCUCUUUCCAACGGAAAACCGUGCAGGAAGUCAGGUCCUUCGUUCCAGAUGUUAUUACCACCAUCUCCAUCGCCAUCGAGAGGUUGAUCACGCACGGAGCAAGGAGCCUCGUGGUUCCCGGCGUGAUCCCGUCGGGAUGCUCGCCGCCUAUUCUGACCAAGUUUGCCAACGCCCCACCGGCAGCAUACAACUCCGAAACCGGCUGUCUGACAGCGCACAACGAGCUCGGGCUGCACCACAACACGCUGCUGCAGGCGGAGCUGGACAGUCUCCGAGCCAAGCACAGCAAUGUCAGGAUCAUCUACGCCGAUUUCUUCGGCCCAAUCAUGGAGAUGGUGGAGUCGCCGCACAAGUUCGGUUUUGAAGACGACGUACUAAUGGUGUGCUGUGGAGGGCCUGGAAGGUACGGAUUGAACUCGACGGUUCCAUGCGGCGAUGCAGCCGCGACGACGUGCCCGGAUCCGUCUGCUCGGCUGUACUGGGACGGCGUCCACCUGACGGAGGCGGCUAACCGGCACGUUGCCGAUGUCUGGCUUGGCGAGAUCAACUCGUCCACAGGAGCCAGCCGAAAGCAGGGUACAAAGGGGCCAUGUCGACUGGGCCGUCACAAAAUAUAGGGAAGGAAACGGUGAUGAACUAAGUGAGCCGAAAUAUAAUUGAAUUUGUCCGGAUGAUAGUUUGAUACACGGCGUCCCCAUGUAAUUUGUGAUCCGAAGGGAUGAAGCUGCAGUGUCGAUCAGCUCCGUGUUACGUUUCUUUCACCGACAUUUAUUUUUUGCAAAAUAUAUGGUCAGUUUCAUGUUUGUGUUUAGGAAAUUGUUUCUUUUCAUCCGGAUGAUAACAGGUUGGUGUAAA